UUCUUCCCCACUGUCCUGCAGGGACCGUCUGAAUAAAAAGUUGCGCACGACCCAGAUCCCCACCUCCAGCCCAUCGUCAUCGUCGUCUCCUCUAAAAUAUAUUCUAACUGCGAGAUACCAGUAGAAGGCAGUGGAAAGUGGCAGGCACACGGUCCAAAUGAGCAAGCCGUCGCAGCAGAGACCCAGCACAGAUCAGAACGGCGUCAGCGUGAUCCAGACCCAGGCCCACAGCAGCGGCUUGCAGCAGGUGCCCCAGCUGGUGCCCGUCAGCCCCGGUGGAGGAGGCAAGGCCAUACCCCCCAGCAAGAUGAAGAAGACCCUGGCGGACAAGGACACGGAGGAGUACCGGCAGCGGCGCGAGCGCAACAACCUGGCGGUGAAGAAGAGCCGCAUGCGCAGCAAGCAGAAGGCCCAGGACACCCAGCAGCGGGUCAACGAGCUGAAGGAGGAGAACGAGCGCCUGGAGGCCAAGAUCAAGCUGCUCAGCAAGGAGCUGAGCGUCCUGAAGGACCUGUUCCUGGAGCACGCCCACAACCUGGCCGACAACGUGCAGCCGCAGGGCGCCGACGGCUCCGCCCCCGGCCACAACAACAACAACAACAGCAACAACAACAACAACAACAGCAAGCACCCGUGAGGGUCUUGCUCGAGGGCGGGGCGGGGGGGGGGGAGUUUGGGGUACCUCCCGAUUUUCGCUUGGGGUUCGGUCAUUUGUUCGCUAUCCGGAGUUUUCUGGAGCAGAACCGCUUUACAGGCUCUAUCUAAUACAUUUACUCAUGGUCAUAUGGACGGGUAGUUUUGUUCUCAUGAGAUCUGACGAGGCUUUUUCAGGUUGGGUAUUACACUCUUACACUUUCAUUUAGGAGUUGCAUAAGAGAUCCUUUAAAUAUCACGAUCUACAUUUUGUUAGUAGUACCAUAGUUUUUUUUGUCACCGUAGGAUUAGAUAGGUGUACAAUUAUCAGCUGUAAUUUAUUUCCUUCAAAAAGCCAUUGUUGUUUUAUAUGAGACAUACUUCACAUUUAACUAAAUUACACGUGUGAUAGUUACAAGCUGACAUUGGCUUAAAGUCCCUGUGUAGUUAUUUUUUUCUCUCCCACAUAAGUGACAUUGAAUUGUACCCCACUGCAAUAUAUUGACAAUACAGGGGCUUAGCCCGUCCAGAUUCUGGGGGCGAAGUAAUCUGAACAAUCUAAGGACUGUAUAAACAUUGAAUUAGGCUGCAUAUUCUCAUGCUUAUAAAAUAUAAUUAUGCUCCUUAAAUGGCGUGAGUAAAGUACAUUUUGUAAAUCUGCAUGUGUCCAAAUGAAAUGUUUGCUGAACGUAUGUUUUGAGCUCUUUAGGAAUUUUGGAACAGGAUUCAUGAAUAGGUUCACAGAGAAGUUCUGAGAGCGAGUCUUUGGACACGUACCAGUCUGUGUGCGCGCAAAACACAGAUUGAGGGCUUUAUAGAGAUUUAAUCGUGAUCUACAAAACUUAAAUCAUAUUUCUUUUUUGUAAGCCACCAUUAAAUCUCCAUGAGAUGUUAAAUCUGUAAAUAUUAUGCACAAACUGAAGCUUGCCUGUUUGUUUGAGAGCCAGAGGAGCACACACCCAAGGCUAUUGCGCUGGACUGAGCUCCAGACCCCUUCUUUGCCAUUACUUGCAGCUGUUGAAUCACAGUUGAGCCUUUAAACCACACUAAUUCAGAAGGAAAGUGAAAUAUGGCUCUAUUUUCCUGUCUGGGCAGUGGAGGAGUAAUUGACUUGGGUAAAUUAGUCGGGCAGAGUUGGACAUGCCCGGCCCAAUUUCGGAAGAUGCCAUCAGGUGCUUCAGCAAGUGCAGACAUUGUCCAUGUACGGCUUCCAGACUGGUUGAUCACACGGCUUUGUGGAUUGCUCCUAGUUAUUUUAGAAUUUACCUUCAUUAUCAGUUGCAGUUCCAUACUGAAUAAAAUUCACUCUUGUUGAAAACUGAUUUAUGGUAGAGAGAGGCUAAAUAUAAUAGCUCUUUAAUCUUGUUAAAUACACUUGAGUACCUCAGGAUGAAUAAUAGAUCCUCGCCAAACAGGGCUUUUUCAGAACCCAUUGAACAUGUCUAGUGUGUACCGUUUCGCAAAUUCUUUUCUAUUUUUCGUUUUUUUUCUAUGACAUGAAUUGAAAACGGCAUGAUGAUAAACCAAGUUGCAUGUUAAAAACUGUCCAACUACAUUAUUUGCACUUAAUGACAAAGUGGAAAAUGUUCCAGUUGAUUAGACGUUCAGUUAAAUAUGCCUUGCAGUCUUUGUGUGCUGUUGAACUGAGAACAACUAAAGGCAUUAAUACACAUGUAUCGGAUGAAUACAAAAUUCAAAUUGGUGUAAGACGUUUUAUAUAGGAAACGACCUGCAGUCAAUAUUAUCAUUUGAGGAUUUGAUUGACAUUUUGCUAAAGUACGAAUGUUGCUGGGCAGCAUUUGUCUGUAAGUUUUGACUUGCUUUUUUACUAGAAAAUAAAUGGUAAGGUGCAUUGUAAUUUAAACUCAAAUAAAAAGUUUUUUGCUCAAUA